AUGACGCAGUCCCACUACUCGCUCCGAUGGAACAACCAUCAGACCCAUAUCCUGGCCGCCUUCGACGCCCUCCUCCAGGCCGAAACACUCGUGGACGUGACUUUGGUGUGCGCCGAGACGUCCGUCAGGGCCCACAAGGUGGUCCUGAGCGCGUGUUCCCCCUUUUUCCAGCGGAUAUUCUCCGAGAACCCCUGCAAGCACCCCGUGAUCGUCCUCAAGGACUUCAGCGGUUGGGAGGUGCAAGCCAUCGUGGAUUUCAUGUACAAGGGAGAGAUCUCCGUGAUACAAGAGCAGCUGCAGAGCCUUAUCAAAGCUGCGGAAAGCCUACAAGUUAGAGGAUUAGCGAAUCAGGACCCUUUCGGAGUAGAUAAGGAGUCCACGUCCAUUAUAAACCAAACACCAACACCUUCCGCCUCGCCGAAUGACUACGACAGGAACUACUUCAGCAGCGGAAGGUUUCCCACACCUGGGGUCACUGUGAGGACUCCAGGGGAGAGAUCGUCGCCUUUCUCGCCUAUUCCUGGACAGAAUAACUACGAACCUCCGGUGAAACUGCCUCACAUGUCCAGAUUAUCGUUCCCUGAGACCCUCUUGCCCAGGCAGGAGUGUCAGUCACCUUUGCCGAGGAGGAAACAAGCGAGACCAAGACGUAGAUCUGGUGAAUUGUGCACAGCCCAGGAUCUUUCCACCGGGCUGGUGAAGCCAGGGUCUCCAAGCGAGGAAACAGCGGAAAAUCUGUGCAUAAAGAAGCAAAAUAAAGAGGAGAAGAAGGAGGUGAAGGAAGAGGAUAAGUGUAGGACGCCAGAACCCUGCGCUGGAAGUCCAGAGAUGGACCUGAGUAUACAGAGCUGUAAGGAGUUCCGUUCGUCGCCAGUGAGUGCCCAUCCGGUCAUGAACUUGAAGCAGGAGAUCGAAAGCCAUUCACCGUUGCCGUUUCCGCCGAUGCCCUCUGUUUCUGCCCUGGCAAUGACGCCCCCUCAUAGUAAAUUUUUUGGACUCGAUUCACCCCUUGGACUGUUCCCACCUGGAUUAGAUGGCUGCAGGAAUCCUCUGUUCGAUAUGCCCGAUCCUAGGACAACGCCAGACUCCCAAAUUUUCGCAAAGAAAAAAAUGGGGCGACCAAAGGGACAGCACUCGGCCCCCCGCGGCGGCCCCCCUCGCUCCUGGACCAACGCCGAGUUGACCGAGGCCCUCCAGCACGUAUGGAACAAGAAGAUGACAACCAGCCAAGCCUCCAGGAUAUUCGGCAUCCCCUACAACUCCCUCCUGAUGUACGUCCGGGGCAAGUACGGCAAGAGCCUCAAGCUAGAGCAGCUCCGGAAGGACUGCAUAGGGGGCCCGAACCCCCCCAUGGACAUCCUCUCUAUGGGCGGCGGCAACAACAACAACAACUCCUGCAAGAACGAGCGGGAACCGGAGCAGAUCCAGCCGAACACGAGGCCUUCCAGUACGGAGGAACAGCCGCCUCAACCUCCCGUUUUCAAUCCGUUCGCCCACAACUUCUACCCGGACUUCGGGACGGGGUUCCCCAUUCCGGUGAGCAUGAUCCAUCUGUUGCCGCAGAGCGAAAAGAGCAGGGAGCACUACGCGCAGCAGCAGGCCUUAGAAGAGGACUGCAAAGAGCGCGUGAAAGAGCUGGACGACGAGCAGGAUAUGUUCCGACCCCCAGCGCUCUCUGUCGAGGACAGGAGGGAGCUCGUGCAGCAGAACGGGCAGGAUUAG